UUUCUCGAAGAUAGGGAGACUAGAGAGGUCGGAGUUGACUCAUCAAGUCCAUCCUACAAAGGUCCCAUGGACCCAAUCCAUCUCAUUGUCUCUGUAAAUCUGAGUUUCUACAGGCCAUUUCUAUUGUUUUUAGCUGAUUACUAAGCUCAAAAUUCACCAUGGCUUCCAUCACAGAGACCCGAAAAUGGAAAUAUGAUGUUUUCUUGAGUUUCAGAGGUGAAGAUACACGUAAGAACUUCGUUUCCCAUCUUUACACAUUUCUUAAAUUCAAAGGAAUUUAUGCAUUCAAGGAUGACAAUGAACUUGACAGAGGAAAAUCCAUCUCACCUGAACUUUCAAAAGCCAUUGAGCAAUCAAGAAUUGCCAUUAUUAUUUUCUCUAAAAACUAUGCUUCAUCCACUUGGUGCUUAGAAGAACUAGUCAAGAUCAUGGAAUGUGUUCAAAAGAAGGGACAAAUUCCAAUUCCAGUCUUCUAUGAUGUUGAUCCAUCAGAUGUAAGGAAUCAAAGAAUUAGCUUUGGUGAAGCUUUUGCCAAGCACGAGGCACAUCUAAAAGGAACUGAUUUGGAGAAGGUGAAAAUAUGGAGAAAGGUUGUUACUCAAGCAGCAAGUAUAGCAGGAUGGGAUGUACGUAAUACAGCCAAUGGGAAUGAAUCAGAAUGCAUAGAGCUAAUGGUAAACCAUAUUUUUAAUAGCUUGGACCGUUCACUUUCAGCUGUCACGAUGAAUCUUGUGGGAGUGGAAUCUCGUUUGGCUGAAGUAAAGUCAUUGUUGAAUGUGGGUUUUGGAGGUGUUUGUUCUGUGGGGAUAUGGGGGAUGGGCGGGAUAGGGAAGACAACUAUCGCAAGAGAGAUUUUUGACACGCUGUCUGGUCAAUUUGAAGGGUCUUGUUUUCUUGCAAAUAUUAGGGAAGUUUCAAAGAAGCAUGGGUUGGAAUACUUGCAAAAGACACUUCUUUCACAUAUCUUGAAGCUAAAUUCUCUAAAUAUAGGGAGUGUUUAUGAAGGAAUCAACAUGAUAAAGGCUAGGCUUCACUUUAAAAAGGUUCUAAUAGUCCUUGAUGAUGUGGAUAAUGGAGACCAAGUAGAAAACUUAAUUGGAAAUGGUAAUUGCCUUGGUAGUGGCAGUAGAAUCAUUACAACAACUAGAGACAAGCAUUUGCUCAAUAAGCACAACCACUUGUACGCAGUCCGUUUGUUGUCUGACAGGGAAGCUCUUCAACUCUUCAGCCGGCAUGCUUUUCAGAAAGUGAGUCCCGAGAAAAAGUUUGAAGAACUCUCAUCCCAGGUACUGCAUUAUGCUAAAGGUCUUCCUUUAGCUCUUAAGGUCUUGGGUUCUUUUCUUUAUGGAAGGAAUAUGGGUGAGUGGAUAAGUGCAUUAGACAGAUUAAAAGACACUGCAGAAGAAGAAAUUGUUAAGCAACUCAGAAUAAGUCUUGAUGGGUUGAGCCCGAAAGAGAAAAAUCUGUUUCUAGAUAUUGCGUGUUUCUUUAGAGGGAAAAAGGAAGAUGAAGUGAUAAGAAUCCUAGACGGUUGCCGUUUCCACUCUAAGAUUGGGAUAAGUGUCCUUGCUCAAAAAUCACUUCUAUAUGUUUCACGAGGAAUCAUUGAGAUGCAUGAUUUGAUACAGGAGAUGGGUCGGCAGGUGGUACGCCAGGUUUACCCUGAUAUUCCAGGAAGGUACAGUAGACUGUGGCUCUAUGAGGACGUAUGUGAUGUCUUUACAGAAAAUACGGGCACAGAAGCAAUUGACGGCAUAAUGGUUCCAUUUGAAUUGGAAUCACUUGUUUGCAAUAGGAGCAAAGCUUUCAGAAAAAUGAAUUGCCUAAGGAUACUCAUAGUCAAAGGGGAUGAGAUUCGAUAUCAUGACCCUAUUGCUCACCCUAUUGACUGCCUCCCUAAUAGCUUGCAGUGGCUUGAUUGGUCAUACUACCAUUUUGAAUCUUUGCCAGAAAAUUUUCAACCUAGAAAGCUUGUCGGGCUCAACAUGGUUUCAAGUUCUAUAGUUGAACUGUGGAAGGGGUUGAAGGUAUUUGAUAGCUUGACAACCAUCAACCUAAGUUGGUCCAAGAAUUUACGGCGAACCCCUGAUCUUUCUGGGACCCCGAAUUUACAGAGGUUGAUGCUAAAACAAUGUGUAAGCUUGGAAGAAAUCCAUUCAUCAACUGCAUAUCUCCGGAAGUUGACUUUGCUGAAUUUGGAAAACUGCAAAAGUCUUGAAUUCCUUCCAAGCAGCAUUCAGACGGAAUCUCUUGAAAGUUUCAACCUCUCUGGCUGUCUGAAAUUAAAAGAAGUUCCAGAACUUUCAGAGAAUAUGGAUUCUCUCUUAGACCUCCGUUUAGCAUGCACUGCAAUACGGGAGCUAAGCUCAUCAAUUGGCCAUCUUUCUAAAGUUAGCAUACUUGAUUUGAGUUUCUGUGAGGAACUUGUCGAUCUCCCAGCCAAUGUUUGUCAUUUGAGGGAACUAAAAGUUCUGAUUCUCACUGGCUGCUCAAGACUUAAGACCCUGCCAAGUAAGAUUGGAAUUCUGGUAAAGCUAGAGGAACUCUAUGUUGAUGAUACUGCCAUUUUGCAACUACCAGAUUCUAUCCUCCACUUAAAUAAGCUUACUGUCCUAUCUUUGAAAAAGGGACGCAAGACUAAAUGUCCAUCUGCUCUGAAUUUGAAGUUUCCCCAGGAAUACCGCUUGUGGCAAUUGAAAAAAUUAGAUCUCAGUGGUUGCAAUCUACUUGACGAAGAUGUUAGUCAUUUUAGUAUGUUUCCUUCUUUAUCUGAACUAAAUUUGAGCAGAAACAAGUUUGUUUCUUUAAAGAACAUCUGUCUUUCUGAGAAAUUAAAAUAUCUCAACAUAACAUACUGUGAGGAGCUUAAGGAACUUCCCAGACUUCCUUCAAGUCUUCGGGAACUGUAUGUUGAUGAUUUUCUAGCCCAAGAUUGUGCCAGUAUGUUUCGAUACUCACAGUUGUAUUUGAUCUCAUUUACAAACUCUAGUUACGAACAACUUUAUUCAGACGAGGGCAAUAACAGUUCACUGAUGGACGAAAACUGCCAACAAGAUUCUCAUAAUACGUUGGUCAAGAUUCUCAUUAUGUUUGUCAAACGCAAACAGGCUGGUUAUCAUGAUGGAAUGCCUGCUUGGUCAGUCGUCUAUCCAGAACGUGUAAUUCCCAAGUGGUUCACGUACCAUAGCACAUUGGAAAAAAUCUCGCUUCAUUUGCCCAAAAAUUGGUGGAAUGAUCACUUCCUUGGGUUUGUUGUAUGCUGCAGCACUUACAUGGGAGAUGGUGUGUACUGUCCUGAUUGGAGCUUAUCUGGGAAUCAUGACUAUUGUUUUGUCAACACCAAGUUGAUUUGCGAAAAUAGUUCAGAGAAACUCAAGGUAGUGGAGACAAGAUGUAAAGUGGGCACAGUGUCACGCACUUAUUGUUGCUGUUUGUGCAUUGCCCAUACAUUACGGACGCACUGGCAGCAUACUGUGAUGAGACAUUGUGAUCCAAACUUGUAUCGCCUGUUUGAGGCUUCUAUUGAUUCGAGGGUUGCAAAAGAGUGGGGAGUACGUCUGGUCUACUGGCAAGAUUUUGGGUCUAACGUUGUAGUCGGGUCCGGAACCAAAAUAACCCCAAAAAAGGGGUAUGAACCAAAAUAUCCCAGGAAAAAAAAAGGUACAGAAGUACCUUUAACGCAUGAAAAUCAUGCUUCAUGCGUUAAAGGACUUAAUGGAGACGGACGCGUUCUUUUAACGCAUGAUUUUCAUGCGUUAAAGGCAUGUCCUUUUUUUUUUUUCCUUCAUUCUUUCUUCCUUCCUUUCUUUCACACUUUUUUACAUACUUUAGCCAUAGAUUAAUCAUGCUUUGAUACUCCAAAACUUAAAUAUUUUAUAUAGAACCCUAUUUAUUUUUGUGCGAUUAAUAAGGUAGGCUCAACACAUCGAGGAUACACAAAACUUCGGAUUGUCGUUUUAGUGGUUGAAAAGUGCUCGAAGUCCAUUUUUGUUUGAAGACUUGUUGUCAUUAGCUUUAAGUUAUUUAUGUUUUAGGGUUUCGUGUUAUUUUUAUAUUAAUGCGUAAUUUUAUUUUGACAAUUUCACAAAUAAAUAAAUUAACAAUAAAUAAAAAAUUAACAAAUUAAUAAUCCAUAAUCAAUUAAAAAAAUAUUAAUUCAUAAUCAAUUAUUUCUGUGUAAUUUUUUUUUUUUUUUUUUUUGCGUUAUACCCUUCAACGCCCAACUAAUUGGAGUUCACAACUUAAAUAACUUCAAAUGUGGGUUUGGGUACCAAAAUAAUCCAUUAACGAAUAACGAACAAUAAGCUAAAUCUCGAAUAACGAAUAAUAAACUAAAUUUCAAAUAACGAACGAUAAACUAAAUCCUGAAUAACAAACGAUAAGCUAACAUUAACAGAAUUUCUAAAAAGGAUUAGUUAGUUAACAUAAUUUUUUGACGAAGGAUUAGUUAGUUAACAUAAUUUUUUGACGAAGGAUUAGUUAGUUAACAUAAUUUUUUGUUCGUUAUUACUUUAACUACAUGAGUUAAGUAAAUUAUAAUCAACAAUACAAUAUCAUGGAUUAUUCAAAAUAACUAAUUAAAUCCUCCAUAACUUAUCCUAGUUAAGUAAGUUCUAAUUAGAGAAUUUUUUUUUUGUUAAUUUCAAGAAUAAUGAAUAAUUUAGUAUUUACAAAUAUGACACCUCCAUGGAUCUCCGUUAAUUAUUUGUUAUUAUGGCAUUGUUAAUAUUUGUUAAUUAUUUCAUUGUUAAUAUAUUUAUUUCUGAAAUUGUUUUUCCCAUGUUAAUUUCUUGAUUAUCACAUGUUAAUCGUUAAAUAAAUUAGUUCGUUUUUUUACUAAUAAUAUCUUCUCAACGCUCCCGUCGAGGUUUGAUCCCCGGUGGAUGAGAUAAAAAAAAAGUCAAAAGCCAAAGGCUUUACCACCAAGCCAAGUUGGUUAAAGUAACAAUGUAGACACUUUUUAUUAUUUUCUAUGUUCACUAAUGCUAUCUAACUUGUUUUCUUAAAUUGAAUUUGGAACCUUGAAAUUGACAUUGAAAACAUCAUUAUCACGGGAUUAUGGAAUUGAAAUAUAUUUUUCACCAUUAGAUUUAAAAAAGAAAUAAAUGAAAAUUGCGCAUGAAUUUGGGGGAAAAUUGAAAUUGAAUGGGACAACGGACGUUUUUGGAAAAUUUGGGGCGGGCAAACAGCCUUGCGGCAGUUUAGACGCAUAGAUCUCGAAAAAAUACCCAAAAUCAAAAAAAAAAAUCGCAUCAAAUGGACAUCCUAGCGCAAAGUUAUGACCAUUUAAAAUUUCACCAACUUACAAAUAAAUUAGUGCGCAAAAGGUUUUUUAAUGGGUUAUUUUGGUAACCAAAUUCACUUUUUGGGUUAUUUAAGUUGCGGACUCCAAUUAGUUGGGGGUUGAAGGGUAUAACGCAAAAAAAAAUACACAUAAAUAAUUGAUCAUGAAUUGAUAUUUUGUUAAUUGAUUAUAAGAAUAAAGUUAUAAUCACUAAAAAUAAAGUUAUGCAUUAAUAUAAAAAUAACGUGAAACCCUAAAACAUAAAUAACUUAAAGCUAAUGACAACAAGUCUUCAAAUAAAAAUGGAUUUCGAGCACUUUUCAACCACUAAAACGACAAUCCGAAGUUUUGUGUAUCCUCGAUGUGUUGAGCCUACCUUAUUAAUCGCACAAAAAUAAAUAGGGUUCUAUAUAAAAUAUUUAAGUUUUGGAGUAUCAAAGCAUGAUUAAUCUAUGGCUAAAGUAUGUAAAAAGGUGUGAAAGAAAGGAAGGAAGAAAGAAUGAAAGAAAAAAAAAAUAAGACAUGCCUUUAACGCAUGAUUUUCAUGCGUUAAAGGUACUUUUGUACCUCUUUUUUCCUGGAUAUUUUGGUUCAUACCCUUUUUUUUUGGGUUAUUUUGAUUCCGGACUCUAUCCUCCCCCGAAGUUACAAACAAUGUCUGGAAAUGUUUACUAAACAUGCCAUUUUGGUGAUGAUUCUCUCUCUCUCUAAAUCUGAUGCCUAUACUUCAGAUGACUGGUAUUCAUAGUGGUGCAUUGCUCCAAUGUAGGAUGAACAUAUAGUCAAAGAUUUGGAAUCAAACAUUUUGAAUUUCA